AUGUUCGCGCCCGAUCGCUGGGUUGAACCAUCCAAAUCUGCCCAGAUCGGACAUAUCCAGCAGCCCGAUACACGUCUCAGCCAGCUACAUCGCCCUCUUUUCAACACGACGCCUCUUCACCAGGGGGCUGAUCCUGUGCUUCUUAUCAAUACCCCGGCCCCCGCUCCAAACGUGGAUGAAGUAUUCGAAUACGCCGCGCCCGUGUCAUUGCUGCCAGUCAACGACAAGGAACUGGUCGGGUACACUGCAAGAAUCGAUCUCCCUCCCGUCCGACUCGGGAAAGGAACUGAGCAUGAUUUGCUCAUGGUACUGCCGCUUGUCGAAAACAAGGAAGAUCCUGUUCUUGCAAUCAAUACCCCAACUCCCGUUCCCGACGCGGAGGAAUUGUUCGAGGACACUGUGCUCGUGCUCGUGCUGCCGACUACUGACGAUGAGGUCACCCCUGCUCGUAAGACAAAGAGUCAGCUAAAGAGGCAUAGGAGACGAGGACGGGAAGCAGCUGAUUCGGAGAAGAUGGCCGCCCUUGCUUUAUCGUUGGUGGAGAUUGGCUCCCUCCUCCCCAUCGAGCCUCAAGUCAUGGAUUGCGAACGUCUCAUCGCUUCUUUGGGCGCUGACGAUUCCGACCCUGGACUCGACUCUGUUCUGGACAAGAAGAAGUACUGGCGAGAGCGGUAUGACAAAGAGCCCCCAGCGCGACGAGACGACUUCCGUCGUCUCUCGAUCGACGCACUCCUACUUGCCAGCCCUCGAGCACUCCCUACCGAUGGAGCCCGCACCGAGCAGCACCUCCAUCUUGAUCUCGCGAGGUGCGACCCGACAUUCCUCACGCUCUUGGUCUCAGUCCGUGGUCGAUGCCCGCUGCCCGACAACGCGGAGAUGGCGAUCCCCUUCUAUGACACCGCCAAAUCGGAGCCGGCUUCUCAAGAUGAUGUAGAGGUCACGCGCGAGUCGCUGCUCGAGGAGGGAUCAGAGGCGUUCCUCCACGACUUCGCACCGACCUCGUCUGUUGUGACGCGCACCAAGGCUCAGAAGCGCACCGAUCUCAAGAGGCGUCAACGCGAGGAGGCCACGCCAGCGACCGACACUGCCGCAGCUGACCUAUUCACCGUGCUUGAGGCCGAAGAGGGUCUCGGCUGGGCCACUGGGUGCGAUGCUGCCGGCGCCCUCCAAGCCUCUCAGUCAAUCGACGCGGACGCACCUUCCCAGCAUCUGACUGCGACCCAGCAGAGGAACCAGCGGCGACGCAACAAGGAGCGCGCCGAACGUCGCACAGAGGACACCCAGUCAUCCGAGGGAUCCUCCUCCCAGUCUCACUCGUCAAACAAGAAAUCCAAGAAGAAGAGCGGCGGCAAGAAGAAGCCAGGGAGCUCGCGACCGGUGUAUGGAAUCCAUCUUCAGCCCUAGCCACCGACUUGACGAGGACUUGGGCUCUCACUCUGGCGACACGAUCAACUUGCACUUCUGCACUCUGAUUGCCCGCUUGCUCGCUCAAGUUUUUUUUUGGCUCUACUCUAUGUCUUCGAUUGAUCAACCGACGUUCGACAUACUGGCGACAAGGCGCUAAGGCGCAGAUGAGCGCACCGCGAUGGAGAUGGCGCGAAGAGGCGCGAGGGGUUUUCAUAAUUAUAAUCAUACCUUUUUAAUACUUUUCUUGAGUUCAGCCUGUACCCGCUUGUAGUCUCAGUAUAUGAAAAGCGCAUUCAAU